AUGCCGGCCUCCCAAAUGGCUACCCACAGCGUGUGUGGACCGUGGCCGUGUGCCCGAGCCGUGUCCGAGGAAAAGCUGCUCAAAUCGAAGCCGCCUCCCCAGAUCUCUCCCAGUAAGUCCAUUGGUGGGGAGUUCUGCGUGGCUGCAGUCUUCGCCUCCUCCCGCUCUUGGUUCAUCACCAACCCCACCAUGAAGAGAGAGAAAGAUCAGUCUCGGCAGGCUGUCGUUGAAUCACUGUACAUCCUGAGUUGCUACGGAAAUCUGGUGGAGCAUGUGCUGGAACCUCGUCCAAUCAGCACGGCGCAAAAGAUAGGCGACGACACGCCUCUGGAGCUGAACACCUGUCCAAGAGCCUGUUGGAAUCUUGCCAGGACACCACAGUGGAAUGAGCUACAACCACCUUUCAACAGCAACCACCCCUUGGUGCUGGCCUCAGACUUCGUGCAGUACUAUCAAUACCUCCUGGCUGGGUUGGCUCCUCCUGGCAGCCCUGGCCCCAUUACCCGACAUGAGUCUUAUGACAGUCUGGCGUCCGAUCACAGUGGCCAGGAAGAUGAAGAAUGGCUCUCACAGGUGGAGAUUGUGACCCACACAGGCCCUCACAGGAGACUUUGGAUGGGCCCUCAGUUUCAGUUCAAGACCAUCCAUCCGUCGGGUCAGACCACUGUCAUCUCCUCCAGCUCCUCUGUGCUGCAGUCACAGGGGCCCAGCGACACCCAGCAGCCUCUCCUUGAUUUCGACACAGACGACCUGGACCUGCACAGCCUCAGGAUCCAGCCGGUGCGUUCAGAACCCGUUAGCAUGCCCGGUUCCUCUCGCCUGGUGGCGGACCGUAGAGGCCAGUCGACAGUCAUAGAUACCGGCUCAGGUAAGACCGCUGGCUCCUCUUAGUUUUCCCACAGGAUUACAAACAACAGUGUCCAGUAUGACGAAUCUUUAAGAAUCCUCUCUAGCUUUAAACAACUUUCUGAGCAUGUGAACACUUUAAACUUUGUGGUAUGUUACACAGAAACCGUUACAACUUGCCUGAAAAAACUAUCAGCAGUCUACAUGUGGUAAAUAGACUUAAUGUGACCU